AUCCGAGAAAGAAAGCGAAAGAGCAUUGCAAUUCUCCUGCCUCUGGCGCUUUGCUGAUUCCUGUUAAGAAAUCCAACUCAGAUCCCGAAAGGGCUGCACGUCUCGUUGCGAUCCAACUCGGUGAAUAUUUUGAGCUGCUGAAGGAGAAUGAAGAGAAAGAGGGACUCACCAGACGCAGCGACCAUGUCCACUGUCGAUGACGGCAAUCGUUAUCGGGGGCCGAAUUCGAGGUGUUUUUGAGUUUCAGAGGCCCCGAUACUCACCUCAACUUCACUGAUUGCCUUUAUCACUCCUUAGACAAAGCUGGAAUUCGAGUUUUCAGAGACGAUGAAAAUAUCCGAAAGGGCAAAAAGAUUGAAGGCGAACUUCUGCGUGUCAUUGAAUCCUCCAAAAUAUAUUUGCCUGUCUUCUCUAGGAACUACGCAUCAAGUAAGUGGUGUCUUCACGAGCUCACACACAUGCUGAAGUGCUUGAGCAAAGCGAAUGACAAAGUGAUCCUACCCAUUUUUUAUGACGUAAAUCCUGACGAUGUAAAGCUUAAAACUCGAUUGUACUCCAAUGCUCUGAAAAAGCAUGAGAAGAAGUUCAGCUGCAAUCAGAUUCGGCAAUGGAAGGAAGCUUUGACCAAGGUCUCAAAAAUCAAGGGAUGGGGCAUGAAGGACAAAGGCCACGGUGAAAUCAUCAACACUAUCGUUGAUGAGGUUUUGACCAAGCUGAUGAAAAGAAUGAGAAAUCUACCUAAUCAUUUAGUCGGGAUCCAUGAUCAUGUUGAAGCUAUCAUGGACAUGUUAAACAAAGGUUCUCAUGAUGUUCACUACCUGGUCAUCCAUGGAAUGGGCGGUAUCGAACUAUUUUCAUGUAAUUUGGGGUAUCGAUGGCACUAUAGUUGAUCAUCAUGGUUUCAGCAGACAAGCCGAUUUGUUCGAGGCUGAAGGUGGGGGCUCGGUGCAUCGUAGAUCAAUUGCGAUAUGGUUGAAUCUCGUAUGACCACCUUGUAGCUUCUUCUUUUUUUCCCCAAAUGCGUGUAAAUCUAUUCCUUUUUUUUUUCCGAUAACGU